AUGGCUGUCGAGCAUGAGCCUCGCCUUGUGCCACCCCAGGCACCAAAGCCAAACCUAGACUUAGAUGCCAACGCCAUUACCCGUGCCGGUGCUUCUGGCUCGCUUCUUACGAAUCAUGGCGCACAUGGCCAUCCCGACCAGAACGUGGCCAAGGGUCGUGGCGGCGACGAUAAAAACGACAAGCCACUCAAGGCCAAUUCUCGCUUGAGAGUGUCGUCUUGGGAGGGAACGCUUCCUCGACUCGGGUUUAGUUCAAUAGAUUUGAGUGGAAUAUUAGAUUACCAGAAUCGGCCCAAAACUCCCGACGCUUUUGUUUAUGAGACGUUGGCAUCUCCCACUCGGCCGCCUACGCCGCCCUUCGUCCCCAGCCAGAAGCUUCCCAGGCUGUCUACGGGUCUUGUCGCGACAUUGCCCGACGACUCCAUCCCCGCCACUGCUUUCAGCUCAAGCUCCGCCUUUACGCUGACUACGAGCACUGCUCAGAAUUCAUCCUGUGGUCGAGACCGAAGCACUAUACAGUCUUCACCUCCGGUACCCACCUCAUUGAGAAGGGACAAGCCACAAGAUAUUAGCGGCCAAGGACAACUCUGGGGGUUCAGUCUGGCUAGUGGUUUACAAGAUGCUCUUGGCCGGUCUGUGGGCUUCCGUAGCAAUACUCCCAUCCAUGACCUCGUGGAGCAAGAACCGCCGCAAGCAAGACAGCCGCUAGCAACAACAAUCCCGCCACUCGAGAGUUCCACCAACCCAGUAGCUCACAGGUUGCCUCCUGGCUUUCCUGCUGCAUCCCAUACGCCAAAUCCUACCAUUGCGGGUGCGUCAAGCCCUUGUCCACAGCGAAUCAAGACUGACAACAAGGUCGUAGCCGUUACUAAAGGUCUUGUCUCUUUCACCACUCGAAGCAUCGCUGGUCACCGCGAACCACUCAACAGUGGCAUCGAUGUUGACCAGUAUUUUGAUAUCAUUCGGGCUUCUAUAGACAUUACACCACGUCCCCAGCGCUCUAUAACUCUAAGACAAGUCCAGGCGAAUAUCAGUCCAAGAAGCACUCCUCGAGGCCAAACACCAGUCACCAGCGCGGCUUGGCCCCCAACCUCUCAACCACCAAGCAGUCCUCAGACUGAGCAUUCACAGUCGGAAUAUAAACAGACUGCCCCAUAUCCGCCUCGCAUACUACCCAAGUUUCGAGACGUGGAGCUUCAUUCUAUCAUUGAGAGUGUGUACGCUUCAUCGCCCCGUCAAAAUACAAACACUAUUGUGCACAAACACCUCCCCGAUAACGACGUCGAUGGUAACGACGACGACGACGACGACGACGACGACGAAGAAGUUGGAGGGUGUACCGUAGAACCUAUUCUCGAUCUGCAGCAGAGAUUGACCAUCUUCAAUCAAGAACCGCCUCGGUUCUCUCGCAAGAAGCCUACACCAGCUCACAAAGCUAUCCAAGAUGCCUUCCGGGCCCAAGUUCGUGAGAUAGCAUCAUUCAGCGCGCAGUUCAAGCCUGUCCUCCAGCUCAGCAAGGAGGACAAAUUCAACUGCUUGGUAGCAAAGAUACAGACGAAGGGACUUCUCACCAGCAAUGGCAUGACAGGUGCACGAGACGUGCAUGUCUUUGUAGAUAUGUCGAAUAUCUUCAUCGGGUUCCAGGAUACUGCCAAGAUUAGCCAGGGUUUGUCCAUCAACGCCCGUGUCACUUUCAGUCCCUUUUCCUUUGAACACCUAGCUUUUGUGCUUGAGCGAGGUCGAAAGACGGUUAAGCGCAAAUUGGCUGGUUCUGUUCGACAGGCUCAUCAGAUGAACAACUUGCCGUCUUACAUCCUCGAAGCUCAAACUUAUGGUUUCGAAGCCAAGAUACUUCAUCAAGUUGUCAAGUUGGAUCGAAACCAGCCGUUUCAAAACAGUCCCUGCACUAGUGCUGAUGAGGCGAACUCUGCGAUACUCUGUCCUCGCACAAAGUUGGGUGAGCAGGGAGUCGAUGAGACACUGCACCUUUCCAUGCAAGAUAGCAUCCUUGAUGCCCAGGGGAACCCAGGCGUCAUGGUGCUUGCAACUGGCGACGCGAAGCCAGCUGAGUAUUCCGAUGGUUUCGCACAUUAUGCUAUCAAAGCCCUGAAGCACGGCUGGCACGUAGAGGUCGUAUCGUGGAGAAAGUGCUUGUCUAGCGAAUGGAAGAAAUCGCCAUUCAAGGACACGUACGCUGAUCAGUUCCGAAUUGUUAUACUUGACGAUUUCUUCGACGAGAUACAUGCAGACUGGGUUGGCAGUGCUUCGGCCGUGUUGGCUCACGUUUGA